UUUGAGUUUACGGUCAGGCUGGCCCGACGUUUCCUGUGUGGGUACAGUGGACUAUGUAGUUUUCUGCUCUUACAGAAACCCUGGGUGCGCAGCAACUUUCUGGAGCGAGGGGGCGCGGUCCCUGAGCACACCAACCCUUUGACAGGUCCUCGCGAGCUAUCCCGACAUGGAUGGAGAUUGGAGAUUCUAAUCUUUCUCUCCAUACUUCGUCGCCGGAGCCCUGCGUCGAGAUUAUGACCUGACAGCGCUUUGACAGACUUAUUUUCGAGGGAUUAAUCGAGACGGGGACUAAAACUUUAGACAGUGAACUUUCAGGAACAGAAGAAAAUGAAUAGAGACUAUUGCUUACAGUUCUUAUCAUCAAGGUGCAAAGUAGUUGAAAGAUAAUGAAUUAUAUUUCAAGCGAAUAGAACAGAAAAUUCAGUAGUCUGCCUAGCCCACGUCAAGUGGAUGCAUGUUUGAUUCUUUUUCGAGUCUUAGUGCGAUUAGUUUAUCCCAUAUCACCAAUGCAAACACAGAACAACUUAUUUGAAAAGUAGCCUAUGCAUUACAUAGCUAUGCAACAGGAACGUUUGUUGAAAGUCCUUGUGAUAGGAGAUUUAGGUGUCGGUAAGACGUCUAUUAUUAAGCGCUAUGUCCAUCAGAUCUUCUCUCAACACUACCGCGCCACUAUAGGAGUGGAUUUUGCACUAAAAGUGCUGAACUGGGACCAGCAGACUGUCGUGCGCCUACAGCUAUGGGAUAUUGCUGGGCAGGAGCGCUAUGGUAACAUGACGCGCGUGUACUACCGGGAGGCGGUGGGCGCGUUGGUAGUCUUCGACAUGACCCGUUUCUCCACUUUCCAAGCAGUUCUCAAAUGGAAAGGUGACCUGGACGCCAAGGUGGCGCUCUGUAAUGGCCGCCCCGUGCCGGUAGUCCUGCUGGGAAAUAAAUGUGACCAACAGCGCUAUGGCCUCUGCUCGAAACUGCCCAAGCUGGACACGUUCUCCCGCGAGCAAGGCUUUGUUGGCUGGUACGAGACCUCUGCCAAGGAUGAUACAAACAUCGAAGCAGCAAUCACGUGCCUGGUGGAGAACAUUAUGUCAAGCAGUACAGAUAACGUGCCUGCGGACUCAGACCCCAACGUAGUCAUCCUACCUUCCUUCGACUACAACCUCCACGAGAGAGGAGGUCCGAGCUGCUCUGGAUGCUCUAAGCUCCUACCAACAAACAGAAGAGACCGGAGGGAGUGAACAAAUAGACAGAGAGAGUGGGAGAGAGAAGAAG